UGACAGGCAUGGCCCACGAUCGCAGAACGUGUGGCUGCAAACGGAGGCCGUCGUGAGCCACGCGCAGCCCAAUCAGCAAGCGGGCCCACCUGUCCAGCUGAUCCCGUCGAUUCGACGAACUACAUUGUUCCCUCUUUCCUCUCCUCUUUCCCCAUCCGUCCAAUCAACCCGACCGGGCUGCUCUGCUGCCUCUCCGGCGCCAUUGACGAGCAAGAGAGUCCUCAUCCUCCGGCACCUGGUCCGUCGCGUGCCGUGCCCACCCGCUAAGGCCAGGGCGCCCCGACUUGAGCUCACCGCGCCGAACUCGAACCGCUGCUGUUCCUCGGGGCAGGGUCGUCGAGGAUGCCGGAGCACUCAGAGAACGCGGCGGCGGACCUGAUGGGCAACAUCAUGGAGACCAUCGCGGAGAACCUCCCGAGGCAGAAGUCCGUGCGGUUCGACGACGGCGACGGCUCCUCCAUCUCCGAGCAGGCCAAGAAGCUGUUCGGCGGCGGCGAGAGCAGGAAGAAGUCGGUACACCACGUGCUGGGCGGCGGCAAAUCCGCCGACGUGCUUCUGUGGCGGAACAAGAAGAUCUCGUCCAGCGUGCUGGGCGUGGCGACGCUGGUGUGGGUCUUCUUCGAGUGGCUGGACUACCACUUCCUCACCAUCCUCUGCUUCAUGCUCGCGCUCGGCAUGGCCGUCCAGUUCGCCUGGUCCAUCUUCUCGUCCAGCGUGCCCCGCGUGCAGCUGCCGGAGGAGCUGUUCGCGAGCGCCGGCGCGGCCGCCGGCGCCCAGGUGAACAGGGCCCUGGGCUUCCUCCAGGACGUGGCCUGUGGACGCGACCUCAAGCGGCUGGUCAUCGUGAUCGCCGGGUUCUUCGCUGCGGCGGUCGUCGGCAGCUUCUGCAACCUCCUGACGGUCAUCUACAUCGGGUUCGUGUGCGCGCACACCCUGCCGGUGCUGUACGAGAGGUACCAGGACCAGGUGGACGAGUUCCUGUACAACAUGCUAGGGCUGGUGCAGAGCCAGUACAGCAAGCUGGACAGCAAGGGCAUCCUCAAGGGGGGCGUCAAGUUCAGGAAGAGCGACUAGCUGAUUUCCUCCCAUCUACGACUACGAUUUGAUUCAUCCUGGGAGUCUUGAUCGAUCGACACUUGUUCUGUUCUGUACAGCGAGUAACAACCGCUGCUGCUAGCUACAUUCUUUACUGUACUGUACUUGUGUGAUGACAUCAUAUCUUCGCGUCGCGUGUACUGAAGAACUACACAUUGCACUAAGGUUGCUUUCGUACGUGUACGUGCUCAUCUUUCUUCCUUGGAAAUCA